ACGUUAUGCGCCUCGAACACUGGGACUUAUUAUUAGACAUUCUCAAUUAACUAUGUCCUCUGCUCCCAGAGUUCAGCUGCAGCCUCAAAUCACACUCACAAAAAACAAAAGAAGGAAAAAUAUAUAAUACUUGCCGAUAAUUACAUUGAUUUCUGUCUUUGUUUCGGUUGUAGCCCUCUUAAAGGUCAAGAUUCGGCAACUCCAGCAGCUCCGAUUGAAUUAUGCCGGAGAAAUUGGCGGUAUCACCAAAGCAGUGGCUUGUUGCAGUGCCAAUGCAUCAGUGGAGAUUUGGUGUACUCACAGCUCUGGUAUUUGUUGGGAUGGUGGUUGUGUGGAGCGUCGAUGGUUGUACUAUAGGGAACUUCAUUCAAGCUUGGAGGCUUAGGCAAGAUCAUUAUAUUUACUUGAAACUCAAUUCCUCGGUCGAUCCAAUACAAGCAAAUCAAAAUCUCACCCUAAACACCUCCAAUGUUCAGGUUUCUGCAACCCAAAAACCAAACCAAAACGACACCAACAGUUUUAGUUCUUUACCCGGUUUGUCUCUGACCCAAAAUAACCGAACCCAUUUGAGCAAUUUUUCUUCCAACAGUUCUGGCAAUUCCUCUCAAUUCCAGCAGAAGAGUAGUGGGAAUCAAAUUUCUGAAAAUUUGAGGUGGAUUUCAUGUGAACUGGAGCCUAACUUGACUAGUAAUCUUCUGGCUCGUUGGUUGACUCCGGGAGGAGAGCCGUGUAAAGACUCACGAACUGUAGAGAUUGCAAUCCCUGGCCUGGAUGGAGGGAAGUUGGUGAAGUUAUCAGCCGGUGAAAUCCAUGAAUUUUACUUCCAAGCAUUGGAUGAAUCUGGGAAGCCUCGCUGUCUUGGUGGGGAUUACUUCGAGACUGAUCUUUCAGGAGAGUCAUGGAAAUCUAGGCCUGUGGUCAAAGAUUUUGGCAAUGGUACCUACUUGCUUUCGCUUCAGGUUCAUCCUGAUUUUUCCGGUGAUUAUAAUUUGACUGUGAUUUUGCUAUUUAGACAUUUUGAGGGCCUUAGGUUUUCACCUCCAAGGUUUGUUUAUGAUAGAGAGUUGCGUCAUAUUCCCAUUAGGUUCUUUAGAAGUAAAGCUAAACUGCCAGGGUUACAAAUUUGUGGAAAAUCUGAUUUUACUAGAGAUGUUUGGUCUGGGAGGUGGACAAGACAUGGCAAGAACGAUGAUUGUCGAAUUAGCAAGGAUGGUCGGUACAGGUGCCUAGCACCCGAUUUUCCUUGUCAAAAGCCAUGGUGUAGUGGUUCAUUAGGGUUGAUAGAGAGUAAUGGUUGGGUAUACUCUAGUCAUUGUUCAUUUAGGACGUUUUCAGCCGAUUCUGCUUGGAAAUGUUUGAAAAAUAGGUGGAUCUUCUUCUGGGGCGAUUCAAAUCAUGUUGAUACAAUUAGAAACAUGCUGAAUUUUGUCUUAGAUUUGCCUGAUGUACAUUCGGUUCCUAGAAGAUUUGAUAUGAAUUUUUCGAACCCCAAUGACCCUUCUCAGUCGGUACGACUUACAAGCAUUUUCAAUGGUCACUGGAAUGAUACACAAAAUUACCAAGGAUUGGAUUCUUUGACAGAUGAAGGAUUUAGGAUUUUGUUGAAAAAGUACUUCUCUGAGGACACUGUUCCAGACUCGGUUAUUGUGAAUUCAGGCUUGCACGAUGGUGUUCACUUUCGUAACAUAAGAGCAUUCUCUAGAGCAGCAGAGUAUGCUGCUUCUUUUUGGAAAGAAGUGAUGGAGUCCAUAAGACAGAGGGGAUUAACGAUGCCACAAAUUUUCUUUCGCAGUACAGUGGCAACUGGUGGGUAUGCACGAUCACUGGCAUUUAAUCCUAAUAAGAUGGAGGCAUUUAAUGGAGUAUUCUUAGACCAGUUGAAGCAAGCUGGGCUGGUUUCUGGCGUGAUCGAUAAUUUUGACAUGACUUUUCCAUGGCAUUUUGAUAAUCGUUGUAAUGAUGGUGUGCAUUAUGGAAGAGCUCCAUUGAAGAUGAAGUGGAGGGAUGGUGAAAUUGGACACCAAUAUUUUGUCGACCUCAUGUUAGCUCAUGUACUACUUAAUGCUCUAUGUGCCCAAUAGUUGUAGUAAAUAGCAGGUAAUUAGCAAUUUUCGAAAGGUUUCAGUUAAGGAACUCCAAAAAAGUUUCAUAUCUGAAGCUAUUGGUUGUUGGAUAUUGCUACUGCCAUUGCAGGCAUUGUUGCAACACGUGGAGAGACAGCUUAGAUGGUGCAUGGAAUCGAGUUUUCAAGACAUUUACAUACAAUGGAUGUAUUCAUUAAUAGGUUAAUAUUGCCAUUCUUUAUUUUUUCAUAAAUUUGUUACUACUUACAGUCUUAGAUAGAUUCAGCUCUCAGGCUUGUAGAUUGUGGAAUGUCCAUGGGAUAUAUCAGUGAAUAUGGUCAUAUAUAAUAAUGUAACCAGUGCAUAUAUUUGUAAGAAGGUCAGAAAUUUAUUUAUGUGUUGUCUAUAUAAAUUGUUUGUUACAAA